AUGGAGAGGUGGGGAGAUGGGGAGAUGGAGACAGAAAGAGAUGGUGUCCUUGAAGGUCCCACAUGCUGUGGUAUUGAUUCCAAGGUUUUCAGUUCUUCCAUUCUGAGAAGAUGUGAUGUCACACUUGAGACUUUCACUGUGUCAGCAGGAGGUAUGGCAGAUGUCCUGAUGGUUGAUUGUUUAUUUUCUAAUCAUAUUCUCUCUCUCUCUCUCUCUCUCUCUCUCUCUCUCUCUCUCUCUCUCUCGCUCUCUCUCUCUCUCUCUCUCUUUCCCUCUGUCUCCCGCCCGCCCUCUCUCUCUCGCUCUCUCUCGCUCUCUCUCUCCCCCCUCUCUUGCUCUCUCGCUCUUGUUCACAAAACAUUAAUCCCCAACAUCAUCACAUCCACAGGGGUAAACAUAUUUUUUCCUAGAACCAUUAAUGCUCUCUCUUGUAAAAGAGAUUGUUUGUCACUGAGUAUAACCUGUAUGAAACAAGGUUCAAUAAAAAUAAUGGUUGGGUAUUAUCACUUCUCCAUAAAGCAGGAGGCACUUUUCACUUUUCAGUUUUUUGAGGCUUUUGCUGCCAGCUCACAAUUGAUAUAAAAUCAGUGUCACCAGUGGUGUGGAAGGUGAAUAGCUCCUAUGUCAAUGUCCCUGGGGAUAGGAUGAUGAGCUCAAUCAUAUACAAUCAAUCAUACACAAUUAAUAUACUGUACAUAAUCCAUCAUACACACAUACAAUAUGUUGUCUAUAUAAGCGCUAUAGUAGUGCAUUCCAGUGGCGCCACGGCCUUGGUACAACACUUAAGACCACAUUGGGAGAAUCUCAAUUGCGAUUCUUGAUUCCUCACGUCCUUUCUCCUCACCUCCUUCUCAAAACCCAUUGGAUGAGGUCAGAGGAGAGAGGAUGUGAGGAAUCAAGGAAAUACAAUUGAGAUUCUCCCAUAGGUUCUUUGGCUGAAUGGUCAAUUUUGUGGUGUUGAAUUAGUGGCAGGCUGCAAGGUUGCAGGUUGCAAGUUCAGCACAGGUAACCCCCAACUACUAACUACACUACAAUAUUUAUUGCAUUUUAAUUUAGACAAUUGUCUUUUGUAUCUUCAUAAACAAAUGGGCUAAAAUUCAGUUAAUUAAAAGACUGUGUCCGGAAAAAGGUUUAUUCGUUCUUGAGAGACACUGCUGACAGAGAGCGCAGACCCACAGCGCACGCAAGAGGACAGACCGCAUUUUGCGCACGACGUCUAAGAGAGAACACUUUAAAAUCGGAUAAUACAAAUAUAGCCUAUUAUGUCAAAGUAAAACUCUCCAAAGUGGAAAUGCAUUUAAACUUUUAUAGACUCCAUAAAGAAGACAUGGGACGUUGAGAGAAUGUCUUUCGAAGAACCUUUUAAUAUUACUCAAGAAGUGGAUUUAUACCAGAAUGUGUCCAAAUGGGCGCACCACGGUAAUCACACAGGGACGCACCUCGGUAAUCACGCAGGGGCCACCUCGGAACAAUCCAUGUAUUAUAUCAGCAUCGCCAUCACUGCCGUUUAUGGAGUCAUCAUAGUCGUGGGACUAAUCGGUAACAUAACCCUCAUCAAGACAUUCUGUUCCGCUAAGUCCAUGCGGAAUGUCCCCAACCUCUUCAUGUCGAGUCUCGCGCUCGGGGACUUGGUCCUCCUGGUUACCUGCGCGCCAGUGGACGCCAGUCGGUACCUCGCGGACGAGUGGCUCUUCGGGAGAGUAGGAUGUAAACUCAUACCAUUCAUCCAACUCACCUCGGUCGGAGUGUCGGUUUUUACCCUGACUGCGUUGUCCGCUGAUAGGUAAAUAACCUACACUUUAUGUUAUAGCCUACACUCAUAUUGCAACAUGGACGUUUAGUUAUCCAAUUAUCCAAUAUUUCCAAAUCCAAUAGUAAUGAAUAGUGGAUCAUGGAUAGGAUACACAUCCCAUUGCCAACUGAGCUGGUAUUUGAAUGUAGAGUUAUAUGGUUAAAUGGUUGUAGGCCUAUAGUUACUUUUAUCUCAACAUAUUGUCGUUUUGCGUAAAAUGAUGAAAACAGGAUAGCUUGCCAACCUUAUCGAAAAUUCUCUCCGAACGCUUCUCUGGCGGGCGAGAGGUUCUUCGGCUAAAGUCUAUCGAGAUGGAAAUAAUAUGAAUUUAAACAACGGUAUGGGUACAACCUGACAAGAACAUGCUGCUACUGAGGCAUGCUACUAAUGAGACAAUGCAGAUACAAUCUGAUUUACUGUGUCGCGUUAUUACGCAUUCGGUUCAAUGGGAUCAUACUUUGAUGUGAGAUAUGAGAUGUGCUAGAGUCAUAGAAAUGUGAUCUGACAUAUGAGUGAGUAAGUAAAUGAGUGACAGUGCUUGCAUGCAUGGGCGUGUCUGUGUGUUGUGGGGGUCAUAGGCUAUAUCCCUCCCACACAACUUCCCACAACCAACCUUUUAAUUGGGAUGAUAUAGUCUGCAUCCCAAAUGGCACCUAUGUAUCCUUCGGGCUCCGGUCAAAAGUAGUGCACUAGGGAAUAAGGUACCAUUCGGGGUGCCAUUUGGGACGCAACCAUAAAGUGUGCAUCACUGUGGAGUGGGAGGAGAAGACAUGCAUUAGACAGACUGACCGUCACCAUGUCAGCCAUAUAAUUAUAUAGUCUCUAUCUAGCCUAUGAAAAUGUUCUUAUCAUAAUGUGCAUUCUAAUGUCUCUCAUUUUGCCUACUAUCCCAUUAGCAGAUAAGAAUGAAUGAAUAACUGACAGAUAGCCCCCUCUCCUCCCUAGCUUCCCAAAGUUUCCUCCUUUUAAAUCCUACCCAUAUACUUACAACACCUAGCUUAAAAUACUAUUUCAGAACAUUUCUAAUACUUUAUCUGUGCUUGGUUGAGCUUGUCUCAAUGCACAAUGGAACAUGGCCCUCCAGACAUGCAGGAGCAAACACUAAAACUACACUAUAUAUACAGCAGUAUGUGGACAAACCUUCAAAAUACUGACAGGUGUAUAAAAUCGAGCACACCACCAUGCAAUCUCCAUAGACAAACAUUGGCAGUAGAAUGGCCUUAAUGAAGAGCUCAGUGACGUUCAACGUGGCACCGUCAUAGGAUGCCAACUUUCCAACAAGUCAGUUUGUCAAAUGUCUGCCCUGCUAGAGCUGCCCUGGUUAACUGUAAGUGCUGUUAUUGUGAAGUGGAAACAUCUAAGAGCAACAACGGCUCAGCCGCGAAGUGGUAGGCCACACAAGCUCACAGAACGAGACCGGCGAGUGCUGAAGCGCGCAGCGCGUAAAAAUUGUCUGUCCUCGGUUGCAACACUCACUACCGAGUUCCAAACUGCCUCUGGAAGCAACGUCAGCACAAUAAAUGUUCAUCGGGUUAAAAUGGGUUUCCAUGGACGAGCAGCCGCACACAAGCCUAAGAUCACCAUGCGUAAUGCCAAGCGUCGUCUGGGGUGGUGUAAAGCUCACGCCAUUGAACUCUGGAGCAGUGGAAACACGUUCUCUGGAGUGAUGAAUCACGCUUCAAGAUCUGGCAGUCCGACGGAUGAAUCUGGAUUUGGCGGAUGCCAGGAGAAUGCUAUCUGCCCCAAUGCAUAGUGCCAACUGUAAAAAUUGGUGGAGGAGGAAUAAUGGUCUGGGGCUGUUUUUCAUGGUUCGGGCUAGGCCCCUUAGUUCCAGUGAAGGGAAAUCUUAACUCUACAGCAUACAAUGACAUUCUAGACGAUUCUGUGCUUCCAACUUUGUGGCAACAGUUUGGGGAAAGCCCUUUCCUGUUUCAGCAUGACAAUGCCCCCGUGCACAAAGCGAGGUCCAUUCAGAAAUGGUUUGUCGAGAUCGGUGUGGAGGAACUUGACUGGCCUGACCUCAACUCCAUCGAACACCUUUGGGAUGAAUUGGAACGCUGACUGCGAGCCAGGCCUAAUCGCCCAACAUCAGUGCCUGACCUCACUAAUGCUCUUGUGGCUGAAUGGAAGCAAGUCCCCGCAGCAAUGUUCCAACAUCUAGUGGAAAGCCUUCCCAGAAGAGUGGCGGCUGUUAUAGCAGCAAAGGGUGGACCAACUAAAAUAUUUCAAAAUAGUAAUAGUAUUUGAAUGCAGGUCUGAUACCUCCUAUUGAAAGUAGAAUGUGUCUUCUGUAUAAUCUGUUGUGUGGCUAGAAGAUAAACGGAAUAUAAUUACUUAUAAUAUAUUUUAUUUUUUUUUCACCUUUAUUUAAACCAAGGUAAGCACAGUUGAGAACAGGUUUUCAUUUACAACUGACGGACCUGGCCCAUGAUAAUAAGGCAAAGUAGUGCAAUAAAAAACAACACAGAGUUACAUAUGGGUUAAAAAAAACAAAGUCAGAAAAUACAACAGCAAAUAAUAUAUACAUGUGUGUGCAAAUGUAGCAAGUUAUGGAGGUAAGGCACAUAAUGGCGAUAGUGCAGAAUAAUUACCCAUAGUAUUAACACUGGAAUGCUAGAUGUGCAAGAGAUUUGUGCAAAUAGAAUACUGGGGUGCAAAAGAGCAAAAUAAAUAACAAAUAGGGAUGAGUAGUUGGGUGGCUAAUUUCAGAUGGGCUGUGUACAGGUGCAGUGAUCGGUAAGGUGCUCUGACAAACUGAUGCUUAAAGUAUAUUGAGGGAGAUAGAGUCUCCACUUCAGAGAUUUUGCAAUUCGUUCCAGUCAUUGGCAGCAGAGAAUGGAAGGAAUGGCGCCAAAGGAAGGUGUGGCUUUGGGAAUGACCAGUGAGAUAUACCUGCUGGAGCGCAGACUACGGUGGGGGCUGCUAUGGUGACCAAUGAGCUAAAAAAGGCGGGGGUUUCCUAGCUGAUUUAUAGAUGGGCCCGGAGCCAGAAUAGAAUGAAUAGAAUAAAAUAAAAAGAAAGAUGAUAUGUAAUAGAAUGAAUAGUGCUCAAUAAUAAAAAAAAUAAAUAAAUAUAUGAUCUUAAAGUGCCCUCGCAUCCUCCCCGCCUCGCCCCCCUUUCCCCUAGCCUGUGCAUCGCCCCGCCCCCGGGUUUUCCCGAAAACCCCCCCCCCGGGGGCCCCGCCUCCCUUCCUUCCCUCUCCCCCAGCGCGCCCCCGGCCCCCGGGGGUUUGUGAUGGGGUUUUUCCCGGGGCUUCGUUUUCCCCCCCCCCCUUGGGCCCGCCCCCGUUGUUCCUGCCCCGCUAAUAACCCGUGCCUAACUCCCUUUCCCCCUUGCCUGCCGACUGCUCCUGUUUUUCCCCUCGAUGGGACCUCCUUCCUGCCUCCUCAUCUCCCCUGUCUGCCUCUCCUGCGCCUCGCCUGCUCCCCCCUGCCUCGCCUCGCCUCGCUCGCGCCUGCCUCGCCUGCCUGACUCGCCUCCCCGCCUGCUGCUCGCCGCCGUCGCCUGCCUCGCCUGCCUCCAUCCUCGCCUGCGCUCGCCCUGCCCUGCCUCGCUCGCCUGCUCCCUCGCCCUCUCCUCGCCUCUCCUCGCCUCGCCUCGCCUCGCCUGGCCUGCCUCUCCUCUCCUUAUAAUGAAUUAGAAUGAAUAGAAUAGAAUGAAUAGAAUAUAAUUAAUAGAAUAUAGUGAAUAGAAUAUAACAGAAUGAAUAGAAUAUAAUUAAUAGAAUAUAAUUAAUAGAACAUAAUAAUAGAAUAUAAUUAAUAGAAUAUAAUUAAUAGAAUGAAUAUAAUUAAUAGAAUGAAUAGAAUAGAAUGGAAUGAAUAGAAUAGAAUGAAUAGAAUAGAAUGAAUAGAAUGGAAGGUACGUUGAUGCCCAAUCAACACAUUAUGGUCCCGUCUGAUGUCAAUAGAAGAUCUUCAUUCAGGUAGCAGACAUGAGGCUCUUUACCAAACAGUCAAAGGAAGCGAGGGGUUGAAAGUGAUGAAAAAUGAACAGCAGAAUGUAGAGUUCACUGGAGAACAAUCGGUUUGGUAGAAUACAGAUGGUUAGAGGAAAACUGGCUGUGUCCCAAAUGGCACCUUAUUCCCUUUAUAGUACAUUGAGAGACAUAGGGAAUAAGGUGCUAUUUAGAGACAUAGGGAAUAAGGUGCUAUUUAGAGACAUAGGGAAUAAGUUGCCAUUGAGAGACAUAGGGAAUAAGGUGCUAUUUAGAGACAUAGGGAAUAAGGUGCCAUUGAGAGACAUAGGGAAUAAGGUGCUAUUUAGAGACAUAGGGAAUAAGGUGCUAUUUAGAGACAUAGGGAAUAAGUUGCCAUUGAGAGACAUAGGGAAUAAGGUGCUAUUUAGAGACAUAGGGAAUAAGGUGCCAUUGAGAGACAUAGGGAAUAAGGUGCUAUUUAGAGACAUAGGGAAUAAGGUGCCAUUGAGAGACAUAGGGAAUAAGGUGCUAUUUAGAGACAUAGGGAAUAAGGUGCCAUUGAGAGACAUAUGGAAUAAGGUGCCAUUGAGAGACAUAGGGAAUAAGGUGCCAUUGAGAGACAUAGGGAAUAGGGUGCCAUUGAGAGACAUAGGGAAUAGGGUGCUAUUUAGAGACAUAGGGAAUAAGGUGCCAUUGAGAGACAUAGGGAAUAAGGUGCCAUUGAGAGACAUAGGGAAUAAGGUGCCAUUGAGAGACAUAGGGAAUAGGGUGCCAUUGAGAGACAUAGGGAAUAGGGUGCUAUUUAGAGACAUAGGGAAUAAGGUGCCAUUGAGAGACAUAGGGAAUAAGGUGCCAUUGAGAGACAUAGGGAAUAAGGUGCCAUUGAGAGACAUAGGGAAUAGGGUGCCAUUGAGAGACAUAGGGAACAGGGUACCAUUGAGAGACAUAGGGAAUAGGGUGCCAUUUAGAGACAUAGGGAAUAAGGUGCCAUUGAGAGACAUAGGGAAUAGGGUACCAUUGAGAGACAUAGGGAAUAGGGUACCAUUUAGAGACAUAGGGAAUAAGGUGCCAUUGAGAGACAUAGGGAAUAGGGUGCCAUUUAGAGACAUAGGAAAUAAGGUGCCAUUUAGAGACAUAGGGAAUAAGGUGCCAUUGAGAGACAUCGGUAUAAGGCAAGCAGAGAUGAAGAAUCAUAUGUCACACAUGAUAUUUCUACGUUGAGGAGAACAUGUCUUCUUCUUCUUCUUCUUCUUCUUCUUCUUCUUCUCUUCUUCUUCUUCCUCAUCCUCCAGGUACAAGGCAAUCGUGAAGCCCAUGGACAUCCAGGCGUCCAACGCCACGGCGAGGAUCGUCCUGCGGGCUGCGUUGAUCUGGCUCUUCUCCAUGACCCUGGCUGUCCCCGAGGCUGUCUUCUCAGACCUCCGCACGUUCAGCAUCCACAGCACCAAUGAGACCUUCAUCACCUGCGCCCCCUAUCCCCACGCUGGGGAACUGCACCCCAAGAUCCACUCCAUGACCUCCUUCCUCAUCUUCUAUGUCAUUCCUCUGUCGGUUAUAUCAGUCUAUUACCUGUUCAUCGCCAGGAGCCUGAACAGGAGCGCCUAUAAUAUGCCGGUGGAGGGCAACGUGCACAUCAGAAGACAGGUGGGUCACUCUUCUUCUUCUCCUUCUUCUUCUAUUUUCUAUUCCUCCAUCUUCACCUCUCUCUCUCUCUCUCUCUCUCUCUCUCUCUCUCUCCCUCUCUCUCUCUACAACAUCACAGAUAGAGUCCAGGAAGCGCCUGGCCAAGACCGUCCUGGUGUUCGUGGGCCUGUUCGCCGUGUGCUGGCUCCCCAGUCAUGUGAUCUACCUAAACCGCUCCUACCACUACUCCGAAGUCGACACCUCCAUGGCCCACUUCAUCUUCACUGUGGGGGCCCGCGUCCUGGCCUUCACUAACUCCUGUGUCAACCCCUUCGCCCUCUACCUGCUCAGCAAGAAUUUCCAGAAGCAGUUCAACAAGCAGCUGUGUUGUUGUUGUCGAGCCCUGGCGAAGAGGUCCCAGAGCACGGGGAGGAACAGGAACAACACACACAUGACCUCCCUCAGGACAACCAACCACUCAGUGGCCAGUCUGAGCUUUAUUCAUGGAAAACAGGUCUGUCAGGAGGACAGUGUGUGA